GGAAAGUGACAAGCCAAGCAUGCCGCUUACCAUCUGCCUUCUCUACUGAUGUAAGUGUGCGUUGGAAGAAUGACUGCCAGAGCGUCACGGCCGGUUCCUGCCGUAGCUCCUCCAUUCUAUACCAUUUCGAUCUCGUAUACAACGGAAGAGCACCGUGAUGGAAUACGGAAACAUGUUCAAAGUCUCUGCCGCGAAGCGUGCAAGCCACUUCUGCCAUGACUCGCUUAGGGCUGGCCUUUCCACUCCACUUCGUCGUGUUCCUCUGGUGGUAGAGUGGGAAAUUGUGAAAGGUUGUUUCUAGCGUAUUAUCUGGUUAUAUGUGAUCUGCGUUCCUGCGUUGCCAGAGGGUGGAGACACAGAACGACUGUUGCCUCUUUCCCCGCAUGUACAUUCGAGCCAAACUCAUUUCCUGAUGGGUGCUCUGUCCCCUUGUUUACAAGUUCGCGCAUCUGGAGAAGUCACGGUCACGUUCUGGUCUCAUUAGUCUGACUAGGUUACCAGGUGCUUUCUUUCCACGAUGUGUCCACCCUGUCUUCACCUUGUUGCUAGUCAGCAGUUAGACGAGGGAACUCAACGCUGUGUGUUUUGAUGCAUGUGUGGCGUCUUCACAGGAGUGCCAGAGACAGGCGAGAAAGAGGGAGGGUUGGGACAGAGAGACAGUGCAGUGAAGCCACCGGGAAAGAAUAAAAUGAGCUGUUGAUCACAUUCGAGUCCCUUCCCCGCUGCCCUGUUUUUUCACUCGGUCGUCCCGCCUUCGCACUGGUAGAAGUCUCUCCUUCGACUCUAGCAAGAAAAUGGAGGGACUGAAAGCCCAACGUUGCUGUGACACACCGUCUUGUUGGGUUCAGCAGAGUCCGAGCCCGUACCGUCGGUUCGGCGACUCGCCUGUGAGCGUAACUCACCGUCUCUGGAACCCUUCUCCGCUCACAAUUUUUCACUUCCCCCUUUCCGCAAGUAUCCUGUGUCAGGUCUUUCAUAUUUCCCCUUGAACAUCUAGGUUGCUCGCUGUUGCGUGUGUUUCAAACGGCUUGUAAAAUGACCUUCGGGUCUGCCCUGGCGGAGCUUCCGGUCUGCGUGGGCAGCGCCCCCCGCGGCACUCCGUCCCCGGCAUCUCCUCUUCCAACUUUUCCCACUUCGUCUCUCUCGGCUCGACAAAGAAAACGGACGCUUCCAGCUCCCUCGUCUCUUCCCCGAGGUUGCACUAGAGCCCACGGCAGCACCCGUCCUGCACUGAGAGGAAGGACGCCUGCGGAGGAGUCUCUCGACUUCUUUCUGGACCCCCGAAAUCGCCUGAGAGAGUCUCUGGAGAGAGACCGGGUCGAGAGGAGAAAGGGUUCGACGGAGACCGUCCAGAAACGCUGUCUGGGAUCCGAGACACAUGACGACCUCCGAUUGGGGCACUCCGCCCUGCCUCAGCCUCGCCUGGCUCCGCUGUUCGUUCCUGGGAUGGUCCCCGAUGGGCCUGCCGCUGCUGUGCUGCCCUGCACGCCGCACCGCCACGCGGUGAUCCGCUGCACGCGAGGGCCCUUUGAAGGCCGCUUCUUCUUCGUGAACAAGGGACAGAAAGGAGACAUCUUUGGAGGCGGAAAGGACCGGAGAGAGGUCACCAUGUACGUGGAACAUGCCGGACUCAGCGUUACACACGCCCAGGUUGUCGAGGAGACAGGAGACGGUGACCGACGCAGAGAAGACUCGCUCGCGCUUCUCGACCUCAACAGUGACACGGGCACAUGGGCGCGUGUCCGGUGGGACCGCCCUACGCCACUCUUCUCUCUCUCAGGUAGCGCGGCGUCUCGGUCUUCUUGUCCCCUCAAGGGUCAGUGUGGUGACACCGGAGGAAGUUCAGCAGAUGCCUCUUCCGGAUCUUCUCUCCCUCGUGGAUCUUCUCCGUCGUCCGGAUCAUUCUCCCCGUUUCCCAGUGUCGCGUAUUCUUCGCCUGCAUGCAAGGAGUCAACUGGUGUCUCCAAGCGGCAGUCAGCCGAACAAGGAGCCUGUUUGCCUGCUUCGCCUCCGGUAGAAGUCUGUGGCCCCUCUCAGUUCCUUUUGUUUCAGGGGACACUGCUGAGACUCUGCAGAGGUCCGCCCCUGUCACCCUGGGGAGCCUUCGUCGAAUUCCUGAAGGCCUUUGAAUUGUCACAUUUGCGGGAUAUAAUCAUACGGGCACUCCAGCGGCAGUGCCGAUGCUCUCAGGAGCAUCCGAAGCGAGAACAGGCACCCCCGGUCUCCCCUUGUUCUGACACUGCGGUGCCUUACGGUAUCGGCUCUGCCUUCCUGGGAAGACCUUGGUCUCUUCAAAGUGACCAGGGCAAAGGCUUUUUGCCGACCACGCCGGAGAAUCAGAAUCCGUUUUCUUCCUCUGUUGUUUUGUCUGGGAGACCAGAAGCUGCACCUUGUGACUCGUGGCCAGGAGGGCGAGAAGAAAACGCUACAGACUCAGAUUUGAGCUCUGCGUCCGCUUCUGUGUCGGGGCCGUUGUCGACCUUCCGCACUCAAGGGGGCUUCUGCCCGCGGUGCAUGCGCAGUCCUUUAGACCGGCUGGCGGAGGCGAGUCCGUCGUGCCUGUUCGCUUCUCUCCAGAGUUCCAAUCGGGGGAAAGCGAAAAUCUGUCGAGAGGGGUCGGAUCAAAGCGCCGAGGUGGAAUCUGCCGCAACGUCUUCUCCGCCACUUUCUUCUCCUUUCUCCACUCCUGCUUUCCCCUUUGUUUCUCGCCUUCCGUCUGCUCGCGCUUCCGCGCCGUCGUUGCCAACUCCUUCUUCGCCUUCACUGCAUGCAGACCCGGCUCAAGCUUCGUCUUCAGUACAUCGCAGCCUCUCCACUGUUGCCGGGUCGAGGAAGGGCGCCGUCGGGGACGUAAGUGAGCGAUAUCUCGCGAGUCACCAAUUCGCAUGCAGAGAAAACUUCCUUUCAGCCACCUCCAACGCGAUCAAGAGAGACUGCGAAGCAACUCGAGCAGAAGAGGCCGAACGGGAAGGCCGCAGGAAUGACCAAGGAACACCCAGAGAGAGUGGAGACAGCCUCGAGAAGAGAAAGAGCCGCAGCAAAGACCACAGGUUCACUUUCUUACGAAAAAAAGGGAAACCGGCGUCCGGAAAAGGCGACGCUUAUGCCUCCCCUGCUGCGUGCACCCCCUCUUCUGAGGCGUACCCAUUGGGUUUUUCUUCGUUGUGUCAGCAGAGAACGCCGGAAGAAGGAAAGGCAUGCCACGACGAGCAAGCUGGAGACGAAGAACUGACUUACGAGGACCUUCUCAAGUGGAAACUUGCAUGCAAGAACCUUCCUCAUUACCUGCCUGUGGAGGUGAAAAGUCGCCCUCUGCUGAUUGUCGACCACGCGUCAGGAACAUUGCUGGGUCAGGUUUCCUGGACAGGUGCUUGCCUGUUUCCGGCGUUUCGUUCGGACUUUCCCAUCUUGUCUUCUUCGGUGUGCACGAGCUCUUCCUCUGGUGCCUCAGAGUCCUUUCUGUCUCGCUCAACGACCUCCUGUCCCGCCUCUCGUUGCUCUUCGGCAUCUAAGUAUGCCGCUUUCUUUUCGUCUCCGUCGCAAGUAGGCACGAAAGCAGAUCACACAGACGAAGUUGCGUCGCACAUGCCCCUGGAGCGGUCUCGAGGGUCUCACGCUGCGGCGCCCGGUGCGCACGAUUGUGGCAAGCAGACGCCCAGGUUCUCUCUCCAAUCCUCCCCCUCAAAGAGGCACAGUUGUUCGGGAACGAGCGAUGCGUUUGAUACUCUUUACCCGGCUGCCUGGCUCUCAUCGGGCAAGAAAACCCACAGAGAGAAGCGAGAGGGCAGUGGCGACAGAAGAAAGAGAGAGGAUAAUGACAACCGAAACAAGAAACAGGAGAGUGACGACGGAAGACCGAGAGCCGAUAGGAACGACAGAAGAUCUGUUGAAGCCGGGAGCAUGAAGGGCGACUGGUGUGCGACGACAGCGACUCGAGAGACAAAGACGGGAAGAGAUGGAAGAGGUGAGCACGUUAGCCAAACGUCAGAGAAGCCGAACAUUCAGGAAACUCGUAUCGUUUCUGUUCCUUCGGACAAGAGAAACACCGCGAGUGCUCGUGGCGAGGAUCGAGCGUCAGAAGCAGAGGGCAUCCUUCUACAGCGCGGCGCAGAAAGUUUGGGGGGACACCCGGAGCCCCAGGGGACCAAGGCGUGUGGGAUGUCGAGCCUGAGAAGUUCUCUGUCUCCUCUGCUUACUCACUCUGAGGACAGUCACCACUUCCGAGAAGCUGCCUCGCUGCAUGCCCUUUCUCCUGAAAAGAAGGGACAGCGAUCAGCGGACCUAGAUGUACUGAAGCCCGGACGCGACAGGGCGUUUUCGGCGCGGAAAAACCUACACCUAGCAACCGGUCGAGACAGGGGUGGCGGGGAAGGAGGCGCGGAGAAAGAAGAAAAGGAACAGACUCGAAAGCAGCACCGAAGAGUCCCUGAAGAGGAAGGAAGAGAUUUCGAGGAAGGAAAUAUGAGUGGGAUCUCUGGGAUGAUGUCAGGGAUAGAAAAGAUGCCAGUGGCGAGAACUCACAGCGAGGGUCGACCCACACUUCCUGCUUCGCAGUCGGACCUCCCUUCUUCCUCUUCUUUCUCUGCCUUCUCUUAUUCCUCUGUCGCGUCAGGUCAGUCGCCAACAUGUCGCUCUCCCUUUCCGCAGCUCUCACCGGGACGGGGGCCGCAACUUCAUUUGUCUGUUGUCGACAAAGAUCGUCGUGGCGGGUCAAUUCUUCUUUGCGCCGAUUCUCUAUCUCUCUCGACCUCUCCGGCUGUGGCUCAACCGACUCCUGCCGCGUCCCUCUCUCGCGAAGUGCUACGUUCGCCUGUUGUGGCUUCUACACACGACGCAGGGACUGUCCUCUCCGCUUCUUCUGCUUUUGUAUCAUCUUCUCCGUGCUCGGCGCUUUCGUCCUUCUCUUCCGAGGUGGCGCCGGUCUCCUUGCGGUCGCCUGCGUUGACACCGCGGCCGAAGUCAUUCCUUUCUGCUCUGGGACGCUGUCGCCCUCACUCUCUGUCCGCUAGCGAGGAGAGGGAGACACGCGCUUUCCUUCUUCCCUUUCCGUCCACCGAAGAGAGGAGAACAGACCCGAGAGAAGAAGGAAAGCCGUUGUCGCCGGCACUCAGUCUGAGAGCCUCGAAGACCCCCUUGCUGCCUCAGAAAAGAGGAGACGGCGUGCGGACAGAGGACGCAAAACCAGAAGAUGAGACAGAACGAGGAAGCGAGGAGGCAAGCCAAGGUGGUCAGGGAGGGGAACGAGAAGGACGCACACAAAGAUAUGGAAAGGAAGAAAGCGAACGAGUGCAGAAGGAACAGUCGCUGGCUGGAGAAGAGACGAGAGAAGGGGUUCGUGACAAAGGACAAGGGAAAAGAACAGAGGACACUGGUGCCGAUGCCGACAGGGAUAGGAGGUCAGGAGCAAAGGAAGACGAAGAGAGUACAGCAAGAGGAAGAGGAAGGAUGCGCAACCAGGAAGGAAAGCUUGGCACACCUGACAGCGUUCGUAAACGACAGAGACGGAGUGUCUCUUUGCUGCAAAAGUACGUAUUUUCGAGGAACGGAAAUGCGUCUCACUGGCUGUCUUUCACGGACUGUAGCGAGGCGAAUAAAGUUCAUUUGGACGCUCCCUCAUCUCUAAGAAAACAGGUGAUUUCCGGACCUUACGGUUUCCGUGUGUCUUCUCCUUCUUACGGUUUCCGUGUGUCUUCUCCUUCUUCCUUUCCUGCUGGCCAAGGGAGAGUCCGGGAACGGCGCGGCAGCUCUGUCUGUACACUCUCUUCGUCUCUGGGCCCCGUCUUUCAAUCGUCGGUUUCGACUUCUUCCUCUUCUCUUGGCUCGAAUGGACAGUCCGCGUCUCCGUUUGUCCUUCCGGUUACUCGUUCUUCCUCUCCUUCUUCCCCUCUUUCCUUCGGCGUGCGGCAGGCACAGACAGCCAGCGCGGAAAGAGCAGCCUUAACACAGACGGAGAGCAAAAGCUUUGGCCUGCAGUCGCCCUCCACGCGCGUUUGCUCUCUGCGGCGCAGAAUCAGAGACGAGGAGAGGGGAGGAGACAGUGAACAGGAAGGCGCGGUGAUGGACACACUCGCAAGAGGGACGGGGAGAGAAACAGAAUGGAGUCGAACGCUAGUGGUCAAGGUGACGGAGGAGGAAGUCGUAUUUUCAGGGAUCGUGAAGCCCCCAGAAGCGCCAAUGUGCAGUUCCCUGGUCGCGCCAAGACCAGGGCAGCCACGAGACGCCGAUGAGAACAUUAAAGAAGAAGAAGACAUGCGGAACCAGAGGAGCGGGAGGAAGGACGGAGACGCCAGAGAAGAAUGCCAAGAAGAACAAGGGGAGCGACAGAUGGUGCAUACACCGUGGCACGGAAGUCCGCCUGCGUUGCUGAUGUUGGAGCGUCGCAGUCGGAGCGAGGGAGACAGGAAGAAGAGGGAAACUUUUGGAGAGAAGCCGGUGGCCCAACGUCCCUGGGUCUCUUCUUCUUCAGCUGUCUCUCGUUCUUCUGCAGCGUCUCCCCUCUCUCGUGCUGCGUUUGAGACUGUCCGCGGGCCGAUCCGAGACGGCCAGCAAGGCGCGAGAGAGGCAAGACAACUGCAAAGAGAGAAAACGGGAGACCUGCGAAGCGGAGGGAAAGAGGAGUUUGACCGUGAAAUGAUGCAGCGGGGAGGAGUCGGAACAACGACCACCGAGGUUGUUUGUGACCGACGCACGGCUUCGGAAGGCAGUCAGAGGUGUGCCGUAUCUCCAAAACUUUUGGGAGGGGAUACUGUUUCUUCUUCUCCAGAGGCGCUGACGCCUUCUUGGAUCCCCUUCGUCUCCUCGGAGCCCCACCGGGCGUCGUCUCCGGCAUCUUCUGCCGCCUUGAGACUUGGCGCUCCCAGACGCGUUUCGGCGGCUUCUUUGCCGCACGCUGCCCCGGCGUCGCAGCUGUGUCCAGAGCCUCUCGGCAGCGAACGGGAGAAGGUAGGAGACGGCUGGGGGCGAGAGGAAAGGAGAGUGCACGCGAGACCUGACAAGAAGAGAGACGAAGGAGACGAGGAAGAAGCAGAGGGUGUUGGGGAAGGCCAGACGCAGGAAGGCACUGGGGUCGACAGGAAGCGUGGAGGUGACGCAGAGGCGAAGCGUGACGAGGGCAGUGUCAUCACAAGAGGAAAGAAAAGCGCUUUGAGAAGAGACGCAGAAAGUAAGGAGAUCCAUAGCUGCCGCCUGGCCUCGCUCAGAACGGACAACGCCGAUGUUGUCGAGCUCGAAGACAGAAAUCGCUUUUCCAGUGUCUACCAGAAGACCUUUUCUCGUCAGCGAAAAGCCAGGCUGCCUUCCCAUAGUCGUUUUGUCUCCUCAUCCUUCUCUGCUCUGCCACCCGAGUGUCCCGAUUCUCUGCACGCGUCGCCGUCUGCGACCCCUCCUCGACGCACUGCUUUUCCUCGCUUUCUCGUUUCUCCCGGAGCUCUCGGCAAGUGCGGGAGCAGUCCGGUCUCUUCGUCUUCUUCAGCAAGACGCGCAUCUGCUGAGAGCAUCAAGAAAGAAAGGAGGCGACUCUUCCCGUUCCUCUACGACAAAAGAGAUAAAAAAAGCCGAAGAAAACGGGUCUGGCGCCGCGACGAAAACUAUGAAGAGAAGGAAGAAGCGAACGAAGGUAACCACGACAAAAAAGAGGAGCGGGAAGAGGAGAAUGGAGACCAGGAAGAGAAGAAGGACGAGACAGAAAAAGCGAGCGAGCUGGAGGCCAAAACUGAGCGACGGGAACAGCGGGGCAGAGAAGAGCUGCAAGGUUUGCAGGAACCCGAGAGAGAUCAGAAAACCGAAGAGGCAAAUGGCGAAGAGAAAAGCUCCGGAGGGGAGGAAGUGGUGAAGCACGGAAAGACGAGACGGGUGGUAGAAACGUCGGCGGGGUCUGUGGGUCUUACAGAGUUAAAGGCGUCUGCGAAUCGGAGUCUCCUCGAGGCAGAGGCGCCACAGACGGAACAGGGAAGGUACGAAGAAGCAACUGUACAGUGCGCCAGAAGGCUGAGCCGAAACGAAAAUCAGAGGGGACAGAAAGUGAUGGGGAGACGCCUCGUGAUGGAAGAUGAAGAAGAAGGAAGCAUUCCGUCGGAGGUGGUGUUUUUCGACCUGUGCGAUGGAGACAACAGAGACAGCAACGCAGGAGCACCAGCUCUGCGAGAACUCCGCGCCGGGUGCUUGGCUUCCGUUCUUCCUUCCCCUUCGACAUGUCUGCCGACGCCGCCGUUCCCGGCUCCUUUUUCCCCUCGCGCUUCUUCGCCUCCUUCUCCUCUGCUUCUCUCCGGGCUUGCCGGCGGCUCUGGAAGUGACCUUGGCGAGCAGACCAGUCCCGACGGAGACGCACAGAGAGGAGACUGCAGACUUCCCCGGCUGGAAGAAGGAGUGUGCACGAGGCUGAAGCGACUGAGAAACGAGAACACCUGCGAGCAUGAGUCCGAAAAGGGAGAGGGAAGAGAAGACGAGGAAAGGGGAGAAAAGAGCGGGAGGCGAGAAGAACGAAAGGCUGAAAGAGCUCUACGGGAGAAAGGAACGCGGAAAGAAAGGGAGACACACGUUGUCGAAGGAGACGAGGCCACCAGCAGCGGAGCCCCCCCGGGUGUCUUGUUACCCCAUUUCGAGGCACUGUGGUUCGACGCAGAUGUCGCAGAAGAGGGCAGAGGAGGCGACACAGAAGAAACCUUCCUGAGUCCCCGUUUUCCUCCCGCAGAAGUGAUGAAAAACAAACAGCGAAUGCAUGCAGAGGUGGCGCCUCUCAAAGCGAGUGGGCCUUCAUCUGCACUUCGUGCCCCAGAGUGUGAAGGGAACGACGUGCUGUCUGUUGGGGCUUCGCUGUCCCUAUUUUCUCCUGUCGCUUCUUCUGUUGCUGUCUCGUCCUUCUCGGCGUCUUCGCUGCACUGCAUGCGAUCUUCUUCGAGCGACGCGCAGCCGAACGGGCGCAGCGAGAGGAGACGUGGAGCGGGAAUGAAAGCCAAAGCGAGAGAGACAAAACCCAGGUUCUGCGCGUUCUCUCGCUUCCCUCUGUCCCGAUUUCUUGUGAAUGCGGAGAAAAAUGAAAGAAAACUGUCGGCUCAAGAAGAGAAACAAGAAUGCGAAACGGACGAAGGCAGAGACGAGGCGGCAGGCAGCGACAGAGCGCCGGAAGGAAGCAUCGCGCGUGCAUCCUCUAGCGAUGACGAGUUUCUGUGUCCAGAUUCUGUGGACAUUCGAGUCCCUGCGUUCCAGGUGUCCAGACGAAGAAUCGCCAGCAAAGGCCAGGGCGAUGAAGAAGGCCAGGGAGCGGAGAGAAAGGAAGAGACCGACGGGGCGGGGAGAUAUGAAGCCACGCGACAGAGAAGUGAAGUUGAAGAUGUUGACGCGAGAAGCAGAGGCGAAGGCGAAAUUUCAGAUCAAGAAAAAAGACAUCUCGGCGAAGAGCGGAGAGAAAAGGAAGGACACGACUCGAAGAAAGGCAAGGAAUCUGACACUGGCGAACGUGUAGCGGGAGGAGGAGACAUGGAGGGGCUGCAGAAGCGGCAAGAAGAACGAACUCUUUCAACAGAGACACAAGGAGAAGAGAGGCACCGACUUGCAGCGGGCCUUGCCCCUGUUCUUCUUUCUUCGCUCCUGUCUCAUCUUGUCGCUUCGCGCCGACAAAUUUUUCAAGAACUCAGGAUCUUCUGCAGUUCCCCGCCAGCCGCUCUUCCGUCUGUCUUGCCUUCACCUUCCUCUCAUCGCCGCGGUGUUUCUGUGCCCGCUUCCUCUAGUUCACCUGUUUCUUCUGCCCCUCGUCCGUUCCUCUCUUCUGGUCUUUCUUCUUCCCCUCCGUCUUCUUCUUCGUGUCUACUGCUAUCUUCGUUUUCCUCGUUGUCUGAUUCCUCUGCUCGCAACUCUUCGUCUUUUCAUCUCAGCAGCUUGGCGGUUCCCUCCGACAUUUUCCAUGUACAUGGAAGUGGGGAACCUGAAAGGCCCAGGGAGGUCCGAGAACCGGCCUCGCCAGAAGGGGACGAGAAGAGACAGAAAAUCACAUGUGACGACGGGGAAGCGGAAACAGUGACUGAAAACCGUACCUCCUCCUCCUGCUGCGAGGCUCUUCGAGAGACCGAUGACGCAACAGGAAGCAUGUUAGGUGACCGCGGUGCGCCUAUGAAGUCUCGACUUUCUUUGGAUACAUGCUUUAUUGCGACUGAUCGCUUUGACUCUAAGCCUGGAGUCGCGGGCGAACGCAGCCGCCUGUCCAGUUCUACACUCUGCAGCAAUCCAAAGCAGGAGACUGCAAACGUUUGCAUGGGGAGUAACAGGGACUCCACCCCCAAUGCCGAGGCCCAGGCGAAAUUCGAGACAUAUCAGAAGCGUCCUGACCCAGGAAAGAGCCUUCCUGACAGAAGCAACAACUGCGUUUCCUAUGAUGUCUCCGCAUGCACUCGCGAGAGUCUAGGUACCUCGAUACGAUAUGUGGAGACGCGGUCCGACACUGGGCAUCAACUGAAAGUGAACGAGGGGACUCUGUGCAUUCCAAAAAGUGAAGACGAGAGGGACGACAGUGACGUUGGUGACAGUGCCAGUCCGUUUCCAUUGAGCGUUUCCGAGAGGCAGGCAGUCGCAUCAGACCCGCAGUCGAGUCUCCUCAUCGACUCCAGCUCUGUUCACACUGCCCUUCCUGCGGUUCUGCCCAAGGCGUUCUGCUCAGCAACCUUCCACGAUCUCUGCAGUGCCUCUGGUCUGAGAAAGCCUAGCAGGAGGCUGGGGAAGAGCAGCCGGAACGCCGGCGACGGUCUCCCCAGAAGCGACGUCCCGGAUUGUGCGGUGAAUACGGCUUUUGGUGCGACGGGAUCUGCUGGAAGCGAGACGCGGCAUCCUGAAGGCGGCCAAGGUAGAAGUCCAAAACUCUCGCGGAACAGUAGUCCCAGCGUCCACAGUCCCCAUUGUCUCAGGAAGGUCGAAGGCGACAGACGGCCUCCUGCCGCGAUUUGGAGGGUCGCAAACAGUGACUAUUGGUCCUUCUUCAAGAAGAAGCGGAGUGUCGAAGGUGACUCAAGUGCGUCAGUGACUUCUUUGGCGGCCACGAGCCACGGCAACCAGACGCAGAAACUCCUGAGCUGGGAGCUCCAGAAGAAAGCGCGCAGUGGGGACAACUCUCCGGCAGGCCCGGGUGGGGCUCCACGCGUGGGCUGUGUCCUCACGCCAAGCGCGACCGCGGUCGUAAAGGGCAAGAGUCGGGCUCCAGGAACUGAGUGGAACCCCGCGGCGAGACAGGCACGAGACAAGGCACAGAACAGGAGUGACGAUCUGACGUCGUUUUUGUUCGGGGAAGAAGACGAUGAAGUUGUUCUCCAUAAAACGAAACAACAUCUUCUUCGUCAUCCUCGCGAGGAUCGACCGGUCAUUUUCGUCCCCGUUUCUGCAAGUGGGGGAACUUCCCGUCGGUCUCCGUUCUGUCCAGCGUCCCCCGUUGGCCCACCUGCUGGCUUGUCCCGUCUCCCAGCAGACAGUCGUCCCUACCCUUUUCUUCCUUCUUUCUCUCGUGCCUCUCCUGCUCUCGACCUCUGCCAGAUGCGACACGACGCCAGCGAAAAUCGGAGAGCAUCGCUUUUGACCAACUCCCGCGAAGAGCUCUCUGAAGUGGAGACUCCCGUCUGGCGAGCGGCGUCCCUAGGGGCGCAAACGCGUCUCGCUCCGUCUCCUCUUCUGUCUCCUAGAUCUACGUCUUCUUUUUCUCCGUUUUUCUUGCCCUCUUUCUCGCCAUCAUUCUCUCCAUCUCCCCCUUUUUUGUCACAUCCAUUUCCCACUUCUCUUUCCUCUUUUCGUUCGGGUUCCGCCUUCUCUCCUUCCGUGUGCCCUUCGCCUCCAUUUGCUCUAUCCUCGUCUCCGACCGCUUCCAUCCCUCCACCUUCCUUCGAGUCGCCUGCCUGUUCGUCGCCAGUCUCGUCUGCUCCUUCCCCGCGGUUUUCACAUUCUUCGCCUGCGUGUUUCGGCACCUCUCCCUCCACGUUUCACGGCAUUCUGGUCCUUUUUCUGGAAGGCACUUUCCAGCUGGUUUCCACGGCGCGCGGCCUCCAGGAGGGGCAAGCGGAGAGCUUUGUUUCGCUGCCUCCGGCGACGCCGCUGUCUUUGAGACCCGACGCGGCCUUUCGCCUCGGUAACCUCGACCUCGCAUUUCUCAGAUUCAACGUCGGCUGUAGGAGUGAGCGGGGCUUGCGCCCGACGAUGGAGGACGAAGAAGUCAUCAUUCAAGAUCUAGGAAUCAGCGACGCAUUUUCCUGUUCCUUCUUCGGCGUCUACGACGGCCACGGCGGCCGCGACUGCGCCGAGUUCGUCAAGCAGCACCUCCACCAAGCGUUCCACCAGCAGCUCGAGCAGUUGUGUGGACGCCUCGACUUUUCUCAGCGCAUCAACUUUCACAUCUUUCGCGCUCUCUACUUCGCCUUUCUGCUCACCGACGCGGCCUACCUGCGCCGGCAACGCAGCUGGAAUCGCGUCUCGCAGAUUCCAGACUCCCUCGCCUGCAGAGGGAUCCUUGGUUCUAGUCCAGGAGAGGGUACUGGCGUGACUUGCGUUUCUGGGGCAGUGCCGAGACCCCGAAAAAAGCUUAUGAACACGCUGAUUUCGGAGGGAAGUCCGCUGCAUGCGCCGGGCGCUUCAUUCGUCCCCAGGGAGUCUCCGAAGACACACCUCUUCCUCAGUCCCAGGGCCCAGCCUCGUCCCAGUUCUUCCGGCUGCGCCUCAGUAGUCGUGGUAGUCGUCGGUGGCGCGGUCUGGUGCGCCAAUUGCGGAGACGCUCGCGCGGUCUUGUCUCGAAAUGGCCGCGCCGUGGAUCUCUCGUCAGACCACAAACCGGACAGGAAAGACGAGGUCAAGCGGAUUGUCCAGGCGGGAGGCUUCAUUCGCUGCAGGCGCGUGCUGGGCCGCCUCGCCGUCAGUCGUGCGUUCGGCGACCUCGAGUAUAAGGGCAGCCUGUAUGAAGAAGAGGACGAGCCGGCGGAGCUGCGAGAGCAAGCUAGGGAGCAGGGCGGCACGCGCCAGACCAAGCGAGUUGGGAAGCGAAUCAGCCUCUUUGGCUACUGCGAGAAAAGCGAACGGGAAAGAGAGUGCGAGCGAAAACUUCGGGGGGACGCGGAGCUUCAUAGAAGCGGGGAGCCACCCGACGAGGACGGCCCUGUGUUCUUCCAGGAAGCAGGGAAACGGAUUUACCUCGGCAGGAAGCACGACCAUGUCGACUUCUUCUUCGCUUCACCUACGGUUCAGAGUUCGGUGCUUUUCCCAAGUGCGGAAAGGACGCGGCGAAGUGAACCGAAGGCUCUCUUGGCGAAGCGGGAGAAGAAGAUAUAUAGGGAGCCCCUGGUCAUCGCUGCUCCGGAAAUCCGCCGCAUCGCACUCACGCCGAGCGACGAGUUCCUCCUGCUGGCGUGCGACGGCCUGUUUGAUGUUUUUUCCAGUGACGAAGCUGUGGCCUUCAUCCGACGCAGACUGAGUGCGAUGCCGCCCUACGAACAGGAUCCGCAGCAAGUCGUCACGGAGCUCGUGAGAGAAGCGAUUCACGAACGCAGAAGCCGGGACAAUGUCACCGCGAUUCUCGUCGUCUUUUCGCCCUACGUCGGGAGAGGAGGGCCGUAA